AAAGUUCACCAGGAAACAUCAUUAGAAAUGUAGAGCAUAGUUCAUGCAUCAGACCCCGUGAACCAUCUUUGUAUAUCUCAAUAAACGGUUAUCAUUUUAUUUUAUCUUAUCUUAUUUUUUUCCGAAAAUGCACAGAGUGCAGGUUUUGUCAGGACAUCUGUCGUCAAAUAGUCGUGUGGGAAUGAGGCAGUGCAGCGCUUUGGCUGCUGAUCCAAAUGAUAUCGUUGUGGUUCAUGGACUACGAACAGCCAUCGGCCGAGCGAAGAGAGGGUCUUUUAAGGACACUACCCCAGAUGAGCUUCUCAGUGCCGUGAUGAGUGCAGUGCUGAAGGAUGUGGGACUGAGACCCUCUUUACUAGGGGAUGUGUGUGUUGGCAAUGUACUACAACCUGGUGCAGGUGCACUGAUGGCUCGAGUCGCACAAUUUUUUAGUGGCUUUCCUGAGUCUGUACCAGUCUAUACUGUGAACAGGCAGUGCUCUUCUGGACUACAAGCACUUUUUAAUAUUGCAGGUGGGAUCAGAGGAGGUUCGUAUGACCUGGGACUUGCCUGUGGUGUGGAGAGCAUGUCCCUUCGUUCACCGAAUAACCCUGGAGACAUCAGCCCCCGACUGAUGGACAACGAGAAAGCCAGGGACUGCAUCAUUCCCAUGGGAAUAACCUCAGAGAACGUUGCUGAGAGAUUUGGCAUCACUAGGGAAAAACAGGACCGCUUUGCUCUCAGCUCCCAACAAAAGGCAGCCAUGGCACAGAAAAGGGGCUUGUUUGAGCAAGAGAUCACACCAGUCACUACUAAAUUUGUAGACGAAAAUGGUACUGAGCGCACAAUCACUGUCACAAAGGAUGAUGGGAUCCGGCCUGGGACUACCUUGGAAGGCCUUGCCAAACUGCGACCAGCAUUUAAAGAAACCGGCAGCACCACAGCAGGCAAUGCCAGUCAGGUGAGUGAUGGCGCAGCAGCGGUGCUAAUUGGCCGGAGAUCUACAGUGGAGAAACUGGGACUUCCUGUUUUUGGGGUGCUGAGGGCGUGCGCUGUGGUGGGUGUUCCACCGGACGUUAUGGGCAUUGGCCCAGCCUAUGCCAUCCCAGAAGCCCUGAACCAGGCUGGGUUGACUGUGGAUGAUAUUGAUGUGUUUGAGAUCAACGAAGCAUUUGCUAGUCAGGCUGUGUAUUCUGUGGAAAAACUGGGCAUUCCUAUGGAGAAAGUGAAUCCUAAUGGAGGAGCCAUUGCUCUUGGUCAUCCACUGGGCUGCACUGGUGCUCGACAGGUCGUGACUUUGCUCAAUGAGCUCAAACGCAGACGCAAGAGAGGGUAUGGUGUGGUGUCCAUGUGCAUUGGGACUGGAAUGGGAGCGGCUGCAGUUUUCGAGUAUCCUGGCCAGUGAUAAAAGCCCUAGUGAAAAAUCCCAAGAUGCAAAUCUCCAGAUGACACACAGAGAAACUAACAAGUCACAAAUUAUUUUUAAUCAAGCUGCUAGAAGUCUAACAGUGAACACAAGCAGAAAGCGUACACGUCUUAUUUAGUGCGUAUCAGUGGCUGUUUGCCUUACUUUUGAGGAUGUUCAACACUUUCAGAUCUCUCUUUAAAGUGCCUUGCAUUUCAACUGUGAUAACAGAUCAUGGAAACAGACAUGUUUGUAUCUGUAAGAGCAAUCGGAAUAACAGCUUUAAUCUCUUUGAUUUGUGACAUUAAUCUGAUCUGCUCUUGCCUUCUGAUAUGGAUGUAAUGGAAGAAU